CAUUAAGAAGGUGGUCGUCAGGAAGAACAAGUGAGCAACGCCCAGCGCUGCCAUGUAUAUUGCAUCUCUCGCAGAGUUUUUGUGCGAGUUUGCCCGCCCAAAUCUCACUCGUGAGUCACCCACCGCGAGGUGCGCGAAGAAUGCAAAGUGAGGCCCUAGCGCGAUAGCGAGGGGAAAGCCAAUUUUUGGAACCAUAAUACAAGCAGCAAACAUGGCCGGUCGGGCGCAUGUUGACGAUUCUGUUAUCGAAAGACGUUUGCGGCCCAUAUACGAAUGGCUAGACACGGGAAACAACAAAAAAGCUGUGCAAGAGGCAGACAAAGUACUGAGGAAGCAGUCUACUUUGCACUGUGCCCGUGUGCUCAAAGGUCUGGCUCUGCUACGCAUGAGCCGCCGGGAGGAGUGCGAGAAUCUUAUUUCUACUGUAAUCAAGGAGGGACCGACAGAUGAAGCUACUCUCCAAGCCCUCACAAUUUGUUUUAGGGAGAUGCAUCAGCCCGACCAAAUAUGCAAAGUUUACGAAAUGGCUGUGAAGACUGAGCCGAGCAAUGAAGAGCUGCUGUCCCAUCUCUUCAUGGCUUAUGUCCGGGUGGGAGACUAUAAGAACCAGCAGCAAACAGCCAUGAAACUGUACAAGUUGAAGCCCAAAAAUCCAUACUACUUUUGGGCAGUGAUGAGUCAUGUCAUGCAGGCCCAUAAAUCUGGGGAUCCAAAAGGGAAAGAAGUCAGCCUUUUGCUGGCAGAGAGAAUGGUAAACAAUUUUGUUAAAGAUGGCAAGAUUGAAGCAGAAGCAGAAGUCAUGACCUACCUUCACAUCUUAGAAACACAGGGUAAAUAUGCUGAGGCGUUGGCUGUUCUGGAUGGCCCUCUCGCGGACAAGGUGGUGCACCAGCCAGAGAACUUCUUGGCUUUAAAGAGAGCCACUUACCAUGCCAAGCUUAGCCAGUGGGAAGCAGCUGCUUCUGUAUAUAAAAGCCUCAUCAAAGACGAGCCAGACAACUGGCAGCACUAUGUUGAGUACAUCCGAAUGAUGAUGAAAUUAACGGAAACAAGUGGCAAUGGAGAUGAUCCACUCAUGUCAGCCUCUGCAUUCCUCAGUACUAUGAAACAGGAAGCUGUUGUAGAGAAGACGAAAAGCAGAGGCCCUCUCUUAGGCCUGUUACAGUUAGCUCUGGUACUACAUCAGCAGGGAAUGAGUGAACGAAUUGGUGAAUUAUGUGGUGAUCUUGUAGAGAUUCUUCAUCUUUAUAUUCAGGGGUAUGGGGAUAAAAUGUGUUGCUAUGGCGACAUCGUCAACUUCCUUCCACUUGUGCCAAAGGACCAGAUAUGUCUCUUCCUAAAACAAAUCAAGGAAAUUGUACAACUCAAUGAAGAAGGUUCUCCAGUUAAUGUUGAAGCCAUUUAUCGCAAUCUAUGUUGGUUGCAGCUUCGAAGAGCCUUAGGAGAGCAGGAGACUCUUACCCCUUUGCAACAUAUGGAGUUCUCCGAUUCACUUGUCAAGUUAUAUAAGCAGACAUUACACCUCUCCUCACACAUGGCUGACACAGAUAUCAGACCAGGCGAUGCAUACUUAAUCCUGGCGACUCACAGUUACCUUAAGGCGGUGUCCAAGUGUGAUGGGACAACCGCCGAUAUCGACCCGAAACACUUAAUUCUCAAAGUUGCUGCCAUCUUGGAGUAUGGCAUAGAUAUUUCUAAAGCCAACUUCCAAUUAAAACUGCUACUAAUUAAAGUGUAUAAUAUGCUUGGUGCCACUGAUGCCUCUCAAACAGUGUAUGAAAAAUGUGACUUAAAACAUAUCCAGCUUGACACUCUGGGCCAUGUCCUGGCACUGCAGUCUCUGGAUUCGACCGAUUAUGCGGCUGCCGCUGAAAUCUUCUCCUCCACGCUCAAAUUCUUCAUGGCCAACUAUAAAGAUACCUCAGAUCCACUAAUAUCUUCAUAUAAAUAUGGAUCACUGACUAGAAUUCCUGAGUUUGUGGAGUUCAGAGAAAGAUUAAAUAAUUCCCUCCAUUUUGCCACAGUGACGGCUGAGCAGAUGCUGAUGGAACUGACCACCGAAAUAAGUUCUCACAGUCAGUUGGUUGACAUGCUACAACAAAUGGACAUCGAUCCAGCUACUGACAAGACCAACUGGGAGGAGCUGCGUGACAAUCGUGACCUACGGGUCAUGAACACCUGGGAACCUCUUACCAGGUGUUUGCAGGAGAGUGACAUAGCAGCGAGCACUGCAGCAGACAUAACCAUGUUGAAGCUUCGUAAUGUAACACUCAGAUUAGUGGGAGCUGCGAGCAGACUUGGUCAUUCGAAAGUAAGCAAUGAUCAGGCAUCUGCAAACAAAGAAAAUAGUGAGUGUGUGAACGGUGAAGCAAGUUCGUCAUCGGAUGCGACGCUGUUGGCUAAUCUCACUGCCCGACUAGAGCAGGAGUAUGAAGAUUGCAGUAGAUAUAGAAAUUGCAAGUCCCCUCAGCUUCCACUUCAAGGCCCUGAUCCGUCCAGAAUUUACCUCUAUUCUUCAGGGAGUUAUAUCCCUGUCCUAGUCAAACAUGCACAAGUGUUACAACGAGUGCACAAAUGUUCUCACGACCCUACAGGUGUUGCAAGUUGGUCAAGUGAAGUCAUUAAGGAGGCCCGUGAGGAAAUAGAAGAGUUGAUCACAUCACACAUGCAACACGUGGAGAGCAUACAAACUGUGACCCCAAACAUCCUUCCAGGUGUGAAUCCUCCUGCCUUCACGCACCUUCAUCACCUGGUGCAGACUUUGGGCAUCAUUGCCAUCUUCCUGGGCUGCUGUUUUACCAUUCUUAAACCAAUAAAGGCAGCUGUGUCAAAGAAAAACAAGAAGAGAAAAGAACCUGUGAUAAUGCCAGAGGUGAUACCCCAGUUUGCCAGCUUCAUCGCUUCCCUCACAGCCAGCAUACAGAAGCUGGAGAAAGCCACUUCCGAGAAGUACAAGUCCGUCAAGUCAACAACAGAUGAAAAUUUCCACGAAGGUUAUUCUUCUGUGGACAUCAGUUCCAUCCUCACGAGUCAUGCAGAGGGAAAAUUAGUGUGUGAAAAAGUGGAACAGAGUUUUGUUAAAAGUUUAGAGAGGCUUUCCUUUUCUAUAGGAAAUAAAGUAAAAUAUAUCUCCUCUCUCAAACUGUAACAUGGAAUUGUCACUCAGACGCAAAAUUAUUAUUAUUAUAUUUUUUUUUAUCCUGCCUUAGUUAUUGUUGAGUGACCUCCCAAUGAAAAAUUAAAUGCAAAUGUGUCUUAAAUCUUUGCAAGUCUACAAUAAAUAUUAAGUUGUAAAGUCUGAUGUUGUUGGUCAAUGAAAAUUUGACAGUGAUUUCACGGUUUAUAUUUGUUAUAAUGAUUUUGUUAACUUUUAACAAGUUUUUCAGCCGCUGAAGUCUUGUAACCAUUUGCUUGUUGAGUUUCAUCUCAAUAUAAUUUGAAUGUGA